CAAUUAUAAUGUGAAAUGUGAAAUGUGGAAUCUAGAAACUAUAGAAACUACUAACUAGAAAGGAAGUCGUAACUCGUAACUCGUUAACUCGUUACUCGUUUACUCGACGGCCGUCUCGAAUAUUUACGUGCCAGCCGGUAGUUUGAUGACUGCACUGGCCACUCGGAAAUCGCAAUAUUAUUACGAGAUGACAGUGAUUUAAUCUAAAUAAUGAACAUACCUACCUAGUAAAGAUGUUGAUUAUGAUUUAGUUGUUCUGAACAGUGAAUACUCGUUAUGAAUUUAUGAUGAACAUUUUAAGACUUAAAAUGCUGUGACAUUGAAUUUCGUUAAAAAUAAAUAAAUAUUAUGUAAGCCCUUUGUGUUCGAUUGUUUUAAUUAUUAAGUUUAUGUGACGAUUAAUUGCGAUCAAUGUUAAUAUUAGUGAUCUUGAUGUUUUUGUGAACAACGUUUUAUGUCUGCAAAAAGAUAAUUGAUGUACAAUGUCUGCCUUUCCACAAGUCGAGGGUUAUCAGAUAAUUAAAAAUAUUGGAAAAGGAAGCACGUCAACUGUGUAUCUAGCUCAUGUCAAGGAGAAAACCAAAAAUAUGGUUGCGAUAAAAGUUAUAGAACGCAGUAAAAUGUCCAAGAAAGCAGAGGAUGCUGUAGUAACUGAAAUAGGAGUAAUGAAAAAAUUUAAACAUAAACAUAUUGUUCAAAUGAUUGAUUUUAUAUGGGAUCGUAAAAAUAUUUAUAUUAUACUGGAGCAUUGUGAUGGUGGUGAUUUGUCAACAUUUAUUAAACAGCGUAAAAAACUAUCUGAAAAAAUAUGUCGUAAAUUUAUGCAACAAUUAGCCUUAGCUCUGCAGUUCUUAAGAUCUCAUAAUGUUUCUCAUCUUGAUCUCAAACCACAAAAUUUACUCCUAAUGAGGUCACCACAACUAACUUUAAAGGUCGGAGAUUUUGGCUUAGCUAAUUUUAUGAAUGAAAAAACUCAAAUGGAAAAUAUUCGUGGUUCACCUCUAUAUAUGGCUCCUGAAAUGUUACUACACAAUCGAUAUGAUGUUAAAGCAGAUCUUUGGUCAGUUGGAGUGAUUGCCUAUGAAUGUAUGUUUGGACGUGCUCCUUACGCUUCAGAUUCUAUAAAAGACUUAUGUGAGAAGGUUAAAAAAGUUUUACCAAUAGAAAUACCACCUAAUCAAGUCAGUCCAGAAUGUAAAGAUUUAUUAUUGGGUUUACUAAAACAUAAUCCAUCUGAGCGAAUGAGUUAUCACCAGUUUUUUAAGCAUCCAUUUGUAGAUUUAGAUCAUAUGCCUACUACUGAAUCAUAUGCAAAAGGCCUUGAAGCUAUUCACCAGGCAGUACAACUAGAUUCUGAAAAAAAAUAUAAAGCUGCAUUUAGUAAAUAUUGCACAGGUCUACAGUAUUUGAUUCCUUGUUCACAAAAUGAACCUGAUAAAAUUAAAAAAGAAGCAUUUCAAAUAAAACUGAAUGAAUAUAUUAAACGCGCAGAAGAAUUGAAAGCCACUUUAUAUGUUUCAAAGAUCAAAAUUAGUAGCGAAGAAAAAGCAGAUAACUCAUCUACAUCUUAUGAUGACGAACGUUAUCCAACAUUAACAUCAUUAUGUCAAAACACACCUCAACUAGCAAAUGCUGUAGAAAUUGCACUAUCGGGUCAAAUGUAUCUUGUUGAAGGACAAUAUGAAGCAGCCUUAGAGAAGUAUAAAAUUGGUUUGAAUUUAUUGGAAAAGCUUUUAGAAAAAGAACCCCCCGGUAUCCGAUAUAAUUUACUUGUCAAACAGGUUACUGAUUGGACAAGCCAGUGUGAAAAUGCUAGAUCAUUAUUACAGUCCAAGGAUCAAAAAGUCAAUGAUCAGUCCAUUGAUGUUCCUGAUGGAUUUUCCCCAAUAUCCAAAGGUAAAACAGAUAAGAAGUCUCCAAAAUUGUUCCGAGUAGUUAGCAGACUAGUUCUGAGAACAAAUAAUAGAAGUAGCUUAUCCCCUGAAAAAAAAUAGAACUUUUCUAAUAAUUAGAAAAAAAACUAAUAUUAUUAUUAUAUUAGUGUUUUAAACUAUUAUAGUAUUAUGUAGUUUCUUUUGUAUAAUGAUGUUUUAAACUAUAUUUUCAGGUAAUUGCCUGUUAAUGAGUUGCGCAUGUUUGAUUUUAAGUGUUGGCAUUGUGUAUAAUAUGUCAAAUUAUUUUAAUUAAUAUCUGUGAAUUAAGAGGGUACAACAGUAAAAAAAUUAAGAGGUUAUUAUUUCAAAACGUAAAGUGGCAUGAAAAUUGAAAUAAAAUAUUCUCCAAAGUUAAAAGAAGUGUUUAGUAGUUUCCAUAACAGUAUAAACCUUUGAUUGCUGCAUUAUUAUAAUUUUUUUUCAAUGUGUUUUAGUUUUUAAAUAUUUUUCAUUGAUAGCAUCUGUGAUUUCUGGAUUAUUUUUGUCCUUUUUCUCAAUUCUAAAACCCAUACGUCACUAACAUUUAAAAUAUUAUGUUUUAUAAAAAGAGUAACUGUUGAAUUUAAGCUUGGUGCCUUGUUAAAAUCCCUGUAUUGCUUAUUAUAAACUUUUAAAUUUCAAAAAAAAUUUUACACAAAAGCUUCAUGUUUCUGACAAAUUAAUGAUUAAUAUUAUACAGAGAUAUGUAACUAGUUGUGGUAUUAAAAAUAUCAUUGGUUAUAUAAUAUAAUCAAUAAUAUUAUAUAUCGCAGCUAGAAAAAGUUACUGUUGCAUUCCCUUAAUCUUAGGAUCUGUUUAAUGAUUUUAUGUUUCUAUCAAGAAGACUGAAAAUCUUAUUAAUUUGUUAAAAUAUGAUUAAUUAAUGUAAAAGUUAUUUAAUAUUUUACAAAUAUGUUCAAUGUACUAUUAGUUUUAAGAAUGUUGUUACGUUUUGUAAUUACUAAUUUGUUAUAAUUAUUAUAUUUUAUUUAAUUGUAUGUGAUUGGUUAAAAAAUAAAAUACAUAUUUUGUUUC